GGAGUUGUGCCACUAAUACAGAGCCCAACACCUUUGUUAGAUCCGGGAAUCAUUAUCCAGAGAUAUUGACGACCGGAGAUGCUAUUGAGUGGUACACAAAUUAUUGUCUCGUCCAUCCACGGAUAUGGCAGGCGAGCCUCGGAGACAAGUCGGUAAUGAGCAUGUGCCAGAUUGCACCCGUAGUUGUACGGAGUACUCUAGAGAAAGAAACACCUCACCCUACAAGGAAAUCGGUCCUGUCACCGGUGUAGAUGGUAAUAAUAAUAAUUAUACCGCGUUUAAUAUGACUGGGUCAGAGUUUUCAUGGUGGACUGUGGACUGUGGACUGUGGACUGGUGUCUGGCGGUGGACCGAUAUUCAGGGGAUGGGGAAUAUUAUUGCCUGGAGAGUCUGGGGUCUGGGGAUGUGCUGUGUAGUACAUAAGUUUAUUGUCUCCUUUCUCGUACUUGUGCAGAACAGAGUAGUAAGCAUCUGUAUUCGCGUUAUCGCUCUCCGAAUACGACUCCGGACUUAUAUACUGUGUACAAGAUAUAACAACCAGAUUAUCAUGACGCAGUGCUUGUUCUGACCACAUCUAUCUUGGCACUUGGCAUUAGCAGCACAGGCACAGCACAGGCACAGCCAAGACAUCCUUCACCAAUCCUUCUCAAGGCUUGUAAAAAUCUUGUAAAAUCUUGGUUGUGCUUG